UAUGUAUGUUCAUUUAUUACCAUUAGUUAGUUUAGCAUUAUUUGUUUUUUUUUAAUGUUUUCUAAGUAUGUGCCCAAUAUAGAGUAAAAAAUCUGACGAGACUGAAGUGUUUCUACCUAGGAAGACGGUGAGAGUACUUGUACAACCUCUAAUUUAUACACAAUUGGUAGCAGCAGAAUCACGAUGUGCAAAGAUUACAGUACAGUAUUUAGAAUAGAGACAGAAUUUUUGCUUGAUAAUAGUUGAGUCGUACAAUGAGGUAGGAAUGAAUUAGCAUUUGCAGAUAGCAGUCGGAGUGUAUAUCGGGCACACCGGAAGUUUAGAUGGUUGCUCUGGGUGAACGAAGUAUAUCCUGACAGCGUCACUAUAAACCAAAAAUAUUAUUGCUGCCCUUCUUAUACCCAAUAUCCAUUUCCCUCAUCUAUGGCGUUCAACGCGAGUAUUGAUGUUGAGGGGGCGACACAGCAUCUCCGGGAUAUUCUAAAACUCGAUCGUCCUGGAAACAACACUGGUGCAGAAUCGGGUGAUGGUCAAAGACGGUUGUCUUUUAAUGGUGAGCUGAAUGGGCUGUUGGGUCCUGCAGGGCUUCUUGGAGCUGGGGAUUUGACAGCCAUGUCAGACUUGACCAGACCAAUCUCCGAAGUUAACAGCAUUCCUCAGGAUAUCCAGAUAAUCCGCCUUUCUGGUGAUGAUCAGUCUACCUGUAUCCCCAUCACCUCAGAUAAUGUGGAGAUUGUUGCCAGUCAGGACUCAAGCAUCAAUAGCAAAGCUCGAGGUAGCAACAUGGUGAAGAUUCAGCCUGUUGCCAAAUAUGACUGGGAGCACAAGUAUCAUUAUGGCAGACUUAUUGCUGUGUCAAAUUCUUUCACAGCAUAUGCAAUUAGAGGAGCCAACAACCAGGCUAUGAUACGUGUCCUGAGUGUGGACACAGCAGAACGUUCCCUGCUGAAAGGCUUCACUGGUGCGGUCACUGAUCUGGCUUUUGCCCACCUUGACUCGCCUCUAUUGGGUUGUGUAGAUGAAGCUGGCAACCUUAUGGUUUGGGAGCUCACAUGCACCAGUAGUACAAUAUUAGAUCAGAUAGUUGUUCAUAUCCGAAGGCCACCUGACACUCCACUGAACUUGCAUCGGCGUCUCAUCUGGUGCCCUUUCAUUCCGGAUGAUAACGAGGACAACCCAGAUGACGCCAGUCAGACCUUGGCCCUUCUGCAUGAAGACAGGGCUGAAGUGUGGGACCUUGAAGUCUUAAGGGCCAACAAUGCUAGUUGGCCUGUUGAUGCCACAGAUUUGAACGAAGGCCUCAUCACAGUGAAGGGAUAUACCCAGCGUGUCAGUGAAGGUGCCCUGUCUCCAGAUGGAACAGUGUUAGCCACAGCCAGUCAUGAUGGCUACAUCAAGUUCUGGCAGAUAUAUAUUGAAGGGGGGCAGGACAAGCCAAGAUGUCUUCAUGAAUUGCGUCCUCAUGGUGGACGUCCCCUUUCCUGCCUUCUUUUCUGUGACAACCAUAAAAGGCAGGACCCUGAGGUUCCAUUCUGGAGAUUUCUUAUAACUGGAGCAGAUCAGAACCAAGAAUUAAAGAUGUGGUGUACUGUUUCCUGGAGUUGUUUGCAGACCAUCAGAUUCUCUCCAGAUCCAAUGAACUUAACAGUUCUGCCAAGUCUGAAGGCAAGUUUGGACCUUUCCGCUGAGUAUCUCAUCCUUACUGACGUACAGAGGAAGGUUCUUUAUGUGAUGGAGCUGAGCCAAGAUCUGGAAAAAGGGAAAGCAACUUUCACUGCAGUGUCAGAGUUUUUAUUGACCCAUCCUGUGCUGAGCUUUGGCGUUCAAGAUGUUGCCCAAAGCCCUUUACGACAUACUGAAGUUCUUCCUGCAGAGGAGGAGAGUGAGAGCACAACAACAGAGGAAACUCAAGGACCCACAGAGUCAAAAUCUGGCAUCCAGAUUAAACUGUACUGUGUUCACACCAAGAGUCUGCAGGAUGUACAGAUCUGGUUCCAGCCUAAUGCGGGCUCAAACUCCACUAGUGUUCCGCAUUCUGAUCCUUCAGAUAGUUUUGUGUUUUCGGAACAUCUGGCAGACCGGACUCCUGACAAGGACUCAGGAAAUGACCCACAGAUUGACCUGAGAAACAUAUCAUUUCCUGCACCUGCUGACUUCUUGUCAAAUGCAACGAAUGGCAACGGGCGAAUGCCAAACUUGAUGACUCCUGAUGCCUUCAUGACUCCAAGCACUUCGGUUCCUGUAUCUCCUGGCAGCAGUGCCAGUAGUCUGACAAUUGUCACAGCAAUCAGCAGCAACUCAACUGAUUCGACCAAUAGAACUUCUGAUGACAUUAGUCAGAGUCCCAACCGCACAGAUAAUACUUUGUCACUUCCUGCUUCCACAAGCAGUCCCAGAUCUGCUUCCACUGUCGUGCCUGGAUUGGAGACCAUCCAGGCACCGGCAUCCCCCAGCUCUCAAAUUGUGCUUGACAACCCUCAGGUUCAUGGUUCCCCACUCAUGCAACCCCUUACCUCCCCAACUAGGGCUCGCUCCCCUGAUGUUAUCUCUUCAGCUUCCACAGUCAUGUCACAGGAUAUUCCAGAGAUUGCAUCCCAGACACUGCAGCUUCAGCGUGGUCUUGUGUCCACCUUGGACUCCUUAACUCUGUCUGCUUUUCAAACUGAUAGUAUGGCCUCUGCCGCCUCUGCCCUUCACUUGCUCACUUCACCACGUUCAGCCAACAGCAACAGCAGCCUGUUGCCCCCUGAGCUUGGAUGUGUAGAUGGGUCUGCUGGAGGGUCUCUCGAAUUGGAGGCCAGACUUAACCAAACACCAUCGCUCUUGGAGACUGCUUCAUCACAGGAAAACCCUGGGUUAGCAGGAGGGUCUGCAGAGAAGAGCUUGAGCCACACCUCAUGGCCAGCUGCUCCCGACAUCACCAGGGAAACCAGAAAUCGAGACAAUAGUAUUGGUGACUGCUCCAGGGAUGAGUCAAAUGACAGACUCCUGGUUUCACCCUUUGCAUGUCGAACCUAUCACAUUUCACAGAACGACAGUCAGGACCCUGGUGUUGAGCAGAGUGAACCUGAGGAUGAGGAGACUGGUUCAAUAUCAUCUGCAAAUUGUGGGACUCGCCCUUCUCACAGGCUACCAGUUAAAGACUGGAAGACCUCACCCAGAUGCUCACCAAAGCUUAAGAGAGAGACCAAGAAAGAUGAGAGUGAAUCACCGCAGUCGAGACAAUUGGACUCUGGUCAGAUGACUACAGAUCUGCAGCAAGAGUUGUUGAUGUUUCUCAGAGGCCAACAGAGAGAGUUAACUGAGCUACGCGGACAAAUUGAAGCGAUGCAGACCUCCAUAAUGGCCCAAGUAGAGCGUAUGCUGGCCAAUCAUCAGGAGCAAGAACAUUGCAGAUUAGAGGAGUUUCUGACAGAAACUCGGAAUCAGAAGCACCAUCAAGAACAACUCACCCAGCAUCUGAGCCACACACUCUGCAAUUCCCUAACAAGCAGGAUCGACAAACUGAUUCGAGAGGAGAUGAAAAAAACUGUUCCGCCAACAAUUUCUAAGUGUCUGGAGCCAGUGACAUCUCAAUUGAGCAACACCAUUACUUCAAAGAUGACCUCUGUAGAGGUCACCCUAAAGGACAAUGUCGGCAAGGUUGUCAAAUCCAAGAACACAACUGACGCAAUUGGCCGAGCUGCAGCAGAGGCAAUGCAAGGUCCUAUCCAGUCUGCUUAUAAAGAUGCCUUCCAGAGCAUUGUGCUGCCUGUUUUUGAGAGAGGCUGCCAGUCCAUGUUUCAGCAAAUUAAUGACAGUUUCAAGCAAGGAACACAAGAAUACAUACAGCAGCUCGAAGCUCAUGCCAAAAGCAGGAAACAGAGAGAACAGGAAAUGCGAGACCCCAUGAUUGACCAACUGCAACAAAUCAUGGACAGCUUCCAAAACUCCACCGAUCAGCUGGCCAAUAGCAUCACAUCUAACAUCCGGGCUGAGAUCCAACAUCAGAUUCAGAUGAUGGUGGGAAAUUUCCAGGAGUCAAUUCUAAGUCAAGUACAGCGCAUUGUCAAAGGUGAGGUAAGCCUGGCAAUGAAGGAACAGCAGGCAGUGGUUGCCUCAAGCAUUAUGCAGGCAAUGAGAUCUGCUGCAGGUACCCCUGUCCCAACAGCACAUCUAGACUAUCAGACACAGCAAGCAAACAUCCUGCAGCUCCUUCAGCAGGGACAGCUCAACCAAGCUUUCCAGCAGGCUCUCUCAGCAACAGAUCUGAACUUGGUCUUGUAUGUGUGUGAGACCAUUGACUCCCAGCAGGUGUUUGGACAACAACCCUGCCCUCUCAGCCAGCCUGUGCUCCUGUCACUCAUACAACAACUCUCAUCCAACCUCAACACUCGCUCUGAGCUCAAAAUCAGCUACUUGGAGGACGCAUUAAUGAAUCUGGACCACAGUGAUCCUCGAACGAGAGAUCACAUGGCGUCAGUGCUGACCCAAGUUAGACCAAAGCUCUUUGCCUUCAUCCAACAGGACCCCCACAGGCCUCUUACCAAGCGAGCGCGGCGUCUCAUGAUGAUGCUUCAAGGACUCGUCAACCACUAGUUUUUCAAAUCUCAUUCUGAACUAAAGGGUGUUCAUAGAAAUUCAAUGUUGAAUCCAUUUUUGUACAUCUCCAUGACUGUAGAGGAGAAAUCAUCCUUUGUAAUCUUGAAGGACAACUUCAGCCCACCAUCUUUUUAUUUUCUUGGUGAGACGACAGUUGUUACCGCUGCCCCUGGGAAAUGGAUGCUGCAAACCUGGUGUUAGUGGCUGGGGCUCACGUGAAUAAUAAAUGCGCGUUUAGUUGAGGAAGGUUGUUAAUUGCUCUUUUUUUCCUCCUAUCCUUUCUACUCUUUUAAUCCAAGCCAUAUGUACUGGUAAUUCCUAGGAACAUAAUUCUUUCCAUCCAGUGCAGUUCAAUUGGCUCACAUCAAAGAAUGUUGUGAAUAUCCGUGUUCUAAUAAGAUUGAGUUUUCCAAUUGUCAUUGAAGACAGUCGAGAGUUUUGCCACUCCAUCAAGUACCUGUGUGUCAGGAUACUAAUCUCAGUGGCUGGUGACCUCAAACCAUUCAGUUCUUUUCACUUCUGCGUCUUUAGAAAAGUUUGUCAUCCUUUGUAUUUUUUUUUCUUUUUUUAAUGACAAAGUUCAUGUCAAACAAAUAUAUGUAAUAUCCAAAGCCAAAGGAAUUGGGCCUUCUUGGCCUGAACUGGAUUAAUUGAGCCCCUUUGCUUUCUGGAAUAUUCUUCAUUUUCUUUUGGAAGGAAAAAUAAUGAAAAAAACAAAUCUUUAGUACCUGAUCCUAACUGGCCUUUCCCCUCAAACCAUUUCACUUGCAAGAUGCAAACUAAAUAAUUCAAACAUUAACAAAGCCACAGAAUGCUUAAAAAAUGUUGUUUUAUAGUCUGACGUAUAUUUGGCUGCUGCUUGCCGUCCAGAGAAACCAUAGUGCUCUGAUUUUGUUUUCUCACUUGUUUUUCCAUUUUUCAUCUAGACAUUUAGUCUUUGUUCAGCCAUGUUUAAAAUGAUGAAACCAGUGAAAAAAUCUUCCAAAUUGAUUUGACACUUGUUACUGAUUUAAUAUUGUUUUUGAAAACUGGGUGUGCAGUUACUUCUCGUGGGCUUUAGGAGGCAGCACCUGAUUGAAGUGCAUUCCCUAUUGCUCACCAUUGAGUUUGCUUUAGGCCCUCGAAGUUUUGUUUGCACUCGUGCAUCUUAUUUGCAAGUACCGGUUUCCUGGGUCGUCACUGUUUUGCUGACAGUAAAUGUUUUAUUUUGACAUUUUUGUGAAAAAUUUAAGUUGGAUUUGUUUAGCAAGUGCCUUACUGUAUUUUAUCUUGUUUUACAUGGAUGUUUAAUCCUAUUUAGGCCUUUCAAGGAAGUUCUAAUAAUGAAGCAUUACCCCCUGAAGUCUUGUUUGGUCUGACAUUUACAAUCGUCUGUCAUUAACAGGCAGUUUGUGAUUGCAUCUGAGACUAAAGCAGCACAUCAAUGCCAAGCUUUUUUACAAUAAGCUGUUAAAUCUCAGUUGCACAUCUCAAGAGAAUAUAGUUUGACUUCUGCUUCACCGAGUGAGAACAAGCUUGUGUGUUGUACUCUUUCAGUCUUUUACUCUGUAUUCUACUUUAAACAGUUGGCAUAAAAUAAUGUUGAAUUGC